AUGACUGAGCUGCCGGCAAAGGAUCCGAGGGCACCCCACGCGUCCACAGCCGCGCCCUCCCCCACCCACGUCGGGUCCCCCUCGCUUGGACGCUUGGACCCCCGUAUCUUUCAGAGGAGCCAGCUAUCGGACGCAGCGUCUGUAGUCUCGACUAUACCCAUUUCCCUGGAUGAGAGGCUGUUCUUCCCUCGGUCUUGCCAGGGUCCGGAGUUCCCAGGCAGAAAAGCACAGAACCAGCAGUCACUGUCCGAAGUGAAAGGAGUGUUCUCUGGAGUCGACGCCUCUCGUGGGGCAGGAGGGAGCAGUCCCAGAGCCCCGGAGAAGGACAACAGACUCUUAGACAGUGUCUUGGACACGCUACUGGCGCCCUCGGGGACUGAGCAGAGCCACACCAGUCCUCCAGCCUGCGAGGACAUCACAUCUUGGUGUCUCUUUGGACCGGAGCUUCCAGAAGAACCCCGCAGAGUCCCUGCUACCAAGGAGUUGUCUCCUCUCAUGAGCCAGGCAGAGAGCAAGGCUGGCGACAGCUCCGGGACAGGAGCAGGGCAGAAGGUGCUGCCCAAGGGGCUGUCACCACCCCGGCAGCUGCUGCUCCCGACCUCAGGGAGUGCUCACUGGCCCGGGGCAGGAGUGAAGCCUUCUCCUAAGCCUUCGGUAGUGGAGGAGGAGGAGGCAGAGGAGGAGGAGGAGGAGGACUAUGGUCUAGAGACAGAGGGCUCCGCGGCUCCGCUUCUAAAGAGCAAACCUCUAGCACUGGAAGGCACGAACAACGGAGGAGGAGUUGUAGCCAGCGCGUCCGCAGCAGCCCCAGGAGGCGUCACCCUGGUUCCCAAGGAAGAUUCCCGAUUUUCUGCUCCCAGGGUCUCCUUGGAGCAAGACGCUCCCCUGACGCCCGGGCGCACCCCACUGGCCACCACACUGGUGGAUUUCAUCCACGUGCCCAUUCUGCCUAUCAACCACGCGCUCCUGGCCGCCCGCACCCGGCAGCUGCUGGAGGGGGACAGCUACGACGGCGGGGCCUCAUCCCAGGGCUCCAUUGCCCCUCUUCGAGGCUCGCCCUCCGCGCCAUCACCGCCGGUGCCCUGCGGCGACUUCCCAGACUGCACCUACCCGCAGGACGGCGACCCCAAAGAGGACGCGUUCCCUCUCUAUGGCGAUUACCAGCCGCCAAGCUUGAAAAUCAAGGAGGAGGAGGAGGGAGCCGAGGCAGCUGCGCGCUCACCGCGCCCCUACCUGGUGGCUGGAGCCAGCGCAGCCACCUUUCCAGAUUUCCCGCUGGCGCCGGCGCCGCCUCGAGCUCCCUCCUCCAGGCCCGGAGAAGCCGCGGUGGCCAGCGGCCCCGGCAGCUCUGCGGUGUCGCCCGCGUCCUCUUCGGGAUCCGCGCUGGAGUGCAUCCUGUACAAAGCUGAGGGCGCGGCGCCCACGCAGGGCUCGUUCCCGCCGCUGCCCUGCAAGCCCCCGACCACCGGCUCUUGCCUGCUCCCGAGGGACAGCUUGCCCGCCACUCCGGCUACCUCGGCAGGCCCCGCCAUCUACCCGCCGCUAGGUCUCAACGGGCUCCCGCAGCUGGGCUACCAGGCCGCGGUGCUCAAGGACAGCCUGCCCCAGGUCUACCCGCCUUAUCUCAACUACUUGAGGCCAGACUCGGAAACCAGCCAGAACCCACAGUAUGGCUUUGAUUCCUUACCUCAGAAGAUCUGUUUAAUCUGUGGGGACGAAGCAUCUGGCUGUCACUAUGGCGUGCUCACCUGUGGGAGCUGCAAGGUCUUCUUUAAACGGGCAAUGGAAGGGCAGCAUAACUAUUUAUGUGCCGGAAGAAAUGACUGCAUUGUUGAUAAAAUCCGCAGAAAAAACUGCCCAGCUUGUCGCCUGAGAAAGUGCUGUCAGGCUGGCAUGGUCCUUGGAGGUCGGAAAUUUAAGAAGUUCAAUAAAGUCCGAGUUAUGAGAGCCCUCGAUGGUGUUGCUCUCCCUCAGUCAGUGGGCCUUCCUAGUGAGAGCCAGACCCUAAGCCAGAGAAUCAACUUUUCUCCAAAUCAAGAAAUACAGUUGGUCCCCCCACUGAUCAACCUGCUCAUGAACAUUGAGCCUGAUGUGAUCUACGCUGGACAUGACAACACAAAACCUGACACCUCCAGCUCUUUGCUGACCAGUCUCAAUCAACUAGGCGAGAGGCAACUGCUUUCAGUAGUCAAAUGGUCUAAGUCAUUGCCAGGUUUCCGGAACUUGCAUAUUGAUGACCAGAUAACCCUGAUUCAGUAUUCCUGGAUGAGUCUGAUGGUCUUUGGCCUGGGGUGGAGAUCCUACAAGCAUGUCAGUGGGCAGAUGCUAUAUUUUGCACCUGAUCUAAUCCUAAAUGAGCAGAGGAUGAAGGAGUCAUCGUUCUACUCGCUGUGCCUUACCAUGUGGCAAAUCCCACAGGAAUUUGUCAAGCUCCAAGUGACCCAUGAGGAGUUCCUCUGUAUGAAAGUCUUGCUACUUCUCAACACUAUUCCUCUGGAGGGAUUGAGGAGCCAAAACCAGUUUGAAGAGAUGAGGUCAAGCUAUAUCCGGGAACUGAUCAAGGCGAUAGGCUUAAGGCAGAAAGGGGUGGUCCCCAGUUCACAGCGCUUCUAUCAACUUACAAAACUUCUUGACAGCUUGCAUGAUCUUGUGAAACAGCUCCAUCUGUACUGCCUGAAUACAUUUAUCCAGUCUCGCGCCCUGGCUGUGGAAUUUCCGGAAAUGAUGUCCGAAGUUAUUGCUGCCCAGCUGCCCAAGAUCCUGGCGGGCAUGGUGAAGCCUCUGCUCUUUCAUAAAAAGUGA